AUGGAAACUACAAAGCCUUUAACGAAUGUGUCCCUUGAAUCUUUUUAUGAAUAUUUAAAGCAAAACCCAUUAGCUGUAGUACCGCAAUUUAAUUUCGACAACCUCGAACACAAUAUAGCGCAGGAAAUGGAACGAUAUAAAAAAGAAUACAACAAAGGCGAGGAACAAUUCGUUACACAGAUGUUAACAGAGAAUCCCAUUGCAAUACCAUCUCGUACAGCAACGAAUUUUUAUACCUCCAGUUCAGAAGAAUCAGUUGAUGAUCACUUACGACGCAGACGCUCUGAAGCCUCCCGCAAAUCACGUUUCCAAAGUAAAAUCAACAAAGCCAAGUAUAGGUAUCGCCAUCAAUAUAUUUGUGCAAACAAUAUGAAGAAUAUAAAAAAGUUGGAAAACCUCUGGAAUGUCAUCAGACUUGCAGAAACUGAAUUAUUAAAUAAAGGUUGCAGUACAAAUGAAUUGAGGCGAUUGCGGACUAAGUGUGGCAUUGAUCGAUUACAAAGGAAGAACAAUGUAGAGAAAGAUGACAAUAUGCGUAACAUACACUCAUAG